AUGUCUCUCCUCACCAACAUCAUCGGUUUCUCGAUCUUCGGGUUCGCUGCGCGCGUCGGCCAGCUUGGUAUCCAGAAGCGCGGCCUUUUUGAAAACCCCGCCGGCCACGCCAUCGCAGCGGGCGCGUUCGGAUUCGUCGGAUACUGGGCGUACCAGUGGGACCAGCGUGCGGCCGUCCUCAUCCAGGAGAAACGUGCACAGCUCGCAGAGCGGAGGGGACAGACCGAGGGGACCUCAUGA